AUGUCGUUCGGAUACGGUGUUGGCGACGUUAUCGCCGUGCUAGGCCUCUUCGAGCGUAUUGCCAUCGAGCUGCGAAAUUAUAAGGACGCCCCAAUGCAUUUCCAGCAACUCCGUGCCGAGCUAGAUCUACUGCGGGGUACCCUGAAACGUGCCCUGUCCCUAGAGCCAGAGUCUGUUGCGGAGCGCGAAACUUUAGAGCAGAUCAGAGCCAUCGUCAUCUACUGUGCUCAACCGUUACAGUCCAUGGCUGACAAGAUGAGAAGCAAAGAAAGCAGUCUAGGCCAUUUCAAAACCACAAGGAGCCUAAGGAGCGUCGGUACAAGACUUCACUGGUCUAUGGUCGGUCUAGAUGAUGUCCAGGAACUAAGAAAGACUGUCAUGUCUCAGAUGGCUGCUCUAAGUGUCCUGCUCAGUGUGCAGCAACAAUGGCUGAAGCAUGUAUAG